CAAGUUUUUAAGCAGCAAUUAAGAACGCUUAAUUCUUUAACUCAUCAAAAUGGUCACACAAAAGAAGCAAAAAAAGGCUUUAGAGUCCAUCAAUGCCCGUUUGGCUUUGGUGAUGAAAUCAGGAAAGUUCUGUCUUGGAUAUAAGCAGACAUUGAAGACACUCCGUCAAGGCAAGGCUAAAUUGGUCAUUAUUGCAAACAAUACUCCACAUUUGAGAAAAUCCGAGAUUGAAUACUAUGCAAUGUUGGCUAAAACAGGAGUUCAUCAUUACAAUGGCAACAAUAUUGAAUUGGGAACAGCUUGCGGUCGUUAUUUCCGUGUCUGCACAUUGUCAAUCACAGACGCUGGUGACUCAGACAUCAUCAGAACACUUCCAGAAGCCCAAACUGGAAAUUAAACUUGUAUUUCUGAAAUUAAUAAAUAACAGAUGAAGUUUAAGACAUAAAA